AUGGAGGGCGAUGUGCGUGUUCGCGCAGUGGUGAUGACACGUGAUGACUCCAGUGGCGGUUGGGUGCCCCUUGGAGGUGGCGGCCUCAGUCAUGUGGUGAUAUGUAAAGGGCGGAGUCAUGACGGCAGGGGGCGGAGAGAACACAUCAUACGCGGAGAACGGCUGCGAGAUCGAGCACCGGUGUUGGAGUGUGCAGUGCAAAGGGGGUUAGUGUACAAUAAGGUGAACCCCAUCUUCCAUCACUGGCGGGUAGAAGAUCGGAAGUUUGGCCUUACCUUCCAGAGCCCUGCCGAUGCCAUCUCCUUUGAGAAAGGGCUGCAACUUGUCAUCGACAAGCUCGACAGAGGCUCUGACUCGCCCUCGUCCUCCACACCGGAAGAGGCCGACACUGAGGACGAUGGACAAGCUUCUCAUACAGGAAGUGAGUCGUCGUCCAACAGCAGAAAGGAGAUGCUUCCCAAGCCAAUUACCAUAGUGACAAGCGAGUCGUCAUCCACCUGCUUUGUACGGUCGGAAGAAUUCAAUUUUGGAUCCAGCCAUGCUGUCACAACCCAGACACCUGCUCAGAUCCACAGCAGGCCGGGACAGCACGAGCUCUCACAAAUGACGGCUGUGUUAAAUCCGCCAACGCCCCCGCCCCCACCUCCUGCUCCACCGACUCCUCCUGUGGGUCAACCAGCCUCGUCUCCCCUGUCCCCACUCUCACCCACCAUCUCUCUGCUGGAGGAGGGGGACCUACGCAGUGUGGAUCCUUGCAAAGACCUGUGGGGUUCUCGAGGUUAUGAGGACUACCGACGGGCGGGGGCCACCAGGACUAUGGUUGGGGGGCUGACCGGGGGUGUGGUGGUCAGCGCAAGAGGGAGUCUGCAGGACAAGUCCGAGCUGUGCGUGGUUCGCUUUGAGAAGGACCUGGCAGGAGUGGGGACGACAGGCUGCGACGUGUCAGUGAGCCUGGACAGCAAAGCUUCCCAGCGGCUCUCCUCGUCCUCGCCCACCUGCAUGUCCACGCCCAACGCGGUGUCAGGCUCCUCCUCCGCUGCGGGCUCGCCCCAAGAGACGCGCAAAGGAUCACCCCCUCCCUGCUGCGUCCACACCUCACUGGCUACGCCCCGCUCGCGGACUCGUAAGAGAGGAGGAGGGGCCAGCAGCGGCGGGGGCGACCCGGGGGCAAUCUCCCCCGACGACGACAGCAGCGCGUGUCCUCAGGCUUCGUCGUCGUGCUCGUCCCGCUGUGUGUACUGCCGCUCUGUCUUCAGUUCCUCGGAGAACGGGCGGGGCCGCUGCAGAGAUGCCCCAGACCCGGCCCUGCACUGCCUGCGCCAGUGGACCUGUGUGUGGUGCGCAGAGAGUCUGCUCUACCACUGCAUGUCGGACUCUGAGGGGGAGUUCUGGGAGCCUUGCUCUUGUGAGGACUCGUUGGGGGGCCACCCGCACCCCCUUUGCUGUGCCCGCUGGUUGGCCCUCCUGGCCCUGUCGCUCUUCGUGCCCUGCAUGUGCUGCUACGUGCCUUUGCGCGCCUGCCUGCGGUGUGGGGAGAGGUGUGGCUGCUGUGGGGGGAAGCACAAGGCGGUCCGAUGAGGGCAGGCUAGGGGGUGGGAGCGGUUCUCUGGACCAAGGGGGUCUAGGUGUUCAGAAGGGAGAGCAUCUGUAGGGAUGCAGGAGGUGGAGUAGGUGGAACAGUGCUCUCAGAAGACCCAGACCUCCAACGCCCCAUGGCCUUUCACUGCCUUCCCGGGGCCUUCCUCACUGGUCCUUGCCUGCUGAUGGUGCACUCCACUCAGACCAGUCUCUGUGGGAGUCAUCUGGAGCCUUCAUACUGGAUUUACUGAGGGUUGGCUGAUCUAGAAUUAGCGGUCAUAGACUUUAUUACAGUGGCAGAGGCAACAAUGAUGUGUACACUGUUUCAAAUGUCUGUUUUUUUUUAUUUUGAAAGAAAAACACAAAAAACUAAAGAUCUUUAUGUAUAUGAUUGUUAUCAUUUUAAUUGGUAUAUUUUAUUAAAUGUAAAACAUAUUGACAGAAUCCCCCAAUGGCACACACUAUCACGUAUUCACAAACAAGAGAUCUUGGGGAAGUUAUUUGUUUCAUGUUGGCCUGUUUAUCAGUCAGGUAAACAGAUGUCACCCGUUACCUCUAAUUUUACCUCAGAUGUUACUCGACCCUGGUUAAGAAAAGAAAAGGAGGAAGGGGAGAGAGGUUUGGAGAGAGUGGGCAUGAGUGAGUGCAGUCUCCAAGACAGUACGUGCGUCUGAGACCACUCGGGUAGAGUAGUAGACCACAGUGGGAGAAAGGUUAUCAAAUGCAAAGGGAACAUUCAUGUUAAGGGAAGUUGCCAUGACAACUACAAAUGCUUAAAAGUCAUAAUGUGAUUCAUUAGGGUCCUUUGUAACCAAACAAAAGGUUAUUUUGUUUUCAAAAAAAGAAAAGAAAAUUAAGAACAUUGAACACUACACAUAUUUUAUCAUCUUUCCAUGUAUUUUCAAUAUUAAUAAUAGAAAACACCCCAUCCCACCACUGUACUUGUUGAAUCAGUCACGGUGCUUAUUAACUGAGGCCUCUGAGCGAGUCUAUUCUACCUAAUGUACACAAAGACCGUACAGUCCCAACCCCAAAGAAAAAUAAAACAGGGCCCCAUGCUUAACAAUCUGCCGAUGCUUAUAGGUCUUUCGAUGUGUAAGUGCAAUGAACAACGUAUUGAAAGAGUAUUUUUGUACCAGUCGCUCAAGUUAGGAAAAACAUAAUCGAAAAGUGUUGGAACUGAAUACUGGAGUGUGUUACUGUGUUUGCUGGCAAGCAGGAAGGACGAAUAGGAACACACACACUUGUCUUUGAGCAGCAAGCUCACAUGUGUGACAUUUACACAGUCUACUGACCCUGAGAAGAGAAAAGAGACACAUUAACUUGAAAAAGAUGAAUGGCGGUAGGUCUUUGUUUGGGCACAGUGGCAGAUGUGUUUGCUGAAUGUUGCUUUAAGUAUGAAAUCAAAAAGCUGCUAUUUUAAGUCCUGUUCGAACCCAUUAAAAGUUUCACGCUGCCUCUUAGCAAUCGAUGAGGUGGUGUGGCAAAGUCAAACAAUCGUUGAAGUUCUGACUCCACUCAAGGUGCUGAGGAAGCUAAAUAGUGUGUGAGGAAGGUUCUUGUAAGUUUAUAGCUGGGCGUAAAGAUAAAUUGCAGUGUUUUCCUCAUGAAAAAAGAAAGAAUUCUUCCGUUGAUGUACCGUGCAUUUCUGUGUCUAUUUUGCCGAUUGGUGGUAUAUGUUUCUACUCUAAGUGAAUAACUGGCCAAGGAUGGAUUUAAAGCUAUUUCCAUCACAGCUCCCACUGAUUUUGUCCACAGAAAGUUUUUUUUAGAUUUAGAUUCAUAAAAUCUAAAUGUUACCAAUACUGAAUGCAUGGUUUUCUUUGAGUUGUUGAAAUCUUUCCUGAAGAACCAGACAUUGAACUGGACAUUGAAACAAACAUUCUCAAAAUAACUCAUGAAAUGCACUGAACAUCACUGAUUGAUGAUAACUCAUGAGUGUAGAGAAUCUGUGGGGGGAUUACUCUAAAUCCUUUAAAAAAUAAUUUGACAAUACGUACACUCUGUAUAAGGAAG